GAGAGUUUGCAAAUUGCAACUCAGCCUCCAUCAGUUGGUCGAAAUUUGCCCUAGUCCUAAUCUCUCCCUUCAGCAGAAACAUAAAACGGAGAAGAGCCACAAUUCAUCAUUUCAUCAUAUAUAUAUGGCCUUUGAGUUGAGACGCUUCACACCACAAUCUCCAACGGUCAAAAUCCUUAUCCCCAAACCCAAUCCAAACCUCGCCCAAUCCCUCAAUCUACCGUUUCCCUCCACACCUUUUUUCGCCCCCCAAAACGAAAAGAAAUAGAAGAAAUAAACAUUCAACACUCACAGAACUUCUUCUCUCUCUUCCCUCUUCCCUCUGUAGAUAGAUCUCUGCAGAGCUAAGAAAAUUCAUCCUGACCAUGUCUUGCUCCAAUCUAACGAUGUGGGUCUCCUCCAAGCCCUCACUCUCCGACCCUUCCUCAAUCUCCUUUCGAUCUCUUCUCAACCCAUUUCGUCUCCCUUCCCACAGUUCAGCAACCAGUAUCCCCUCUCGCUCAUCGUCGACGAACCCAAUCCAAUGUGGUCUCCGCGAGCUUCGCGAGCGUAUUGAUUCCGUGAAGAACACACAAAAGAUCACAGAGGCAAUGAAGCUUGUCGCUGCCGCUAAGGUCCGAAGAGCCCAAGAAGCCGUCGUCAAUGGCCGGCCUUUCUCCGAGACACUCGUUGAGGUUCUGUACAACAUAAACGAGCAACUCCAGACUGAAGACAUCGAUGUUCCUCUAACUAAGGUCCGCACUGUUAAAAAGGUCGCAUUGGUUGUUGUCACCGGCGAUCGGGGUCUCUGUGGUGGCUUCAACAACGCAAUUAUCAAAAAGGCAGAGUCCCGGAUUGCAGAAUUGAAGGAUCUCGGCCUAGAUUACACUGUUAUAAGUGUGGGUAAAAAGGGUAACUCCUAUUUCCUCCGCAGGCCCUAUAUUCCUGUUGAUAGGUUUCUUGAAGGUGGGAGCCUUCCUACGGCGAAGGAAGCUCAGGCCAUCGCCGAUGAUGUGUUCUCACUCUUUAUAAGUGAGGAGGUCGAUAAGGUGGAGCUCUUAUACACCAAAUUCGUGUCCUUGGUCAAGUCUGAUCCUGUGAUCCACACAUUGCUUCCACUUUCACCCAAGGGAGAGAUUUGUGAUAUUAAUGGUAAUUGUGUGGAUGCUGCGGAGGAUGAAUUGUUCAGAUUGACAACCAAGGAAGGAAAACUGACAGUGGAGAGGGACGUUGUGCGAACCCCAACUCCGGAAUUCUCACCCAUUCUGCAAUUCGAGCAGGACCCAGUUCAGAUCCUUGAUGCACUUCUGCCUCUCUAUCUAAACAGCCAGAUUUUGAGGGCGUUGCAAGAAUCAUUGGCAAGUGAGCUUGCAGCGAGGAUGAGUGCAAUGAGCAAUGCCACUGACAAUGCAGUCGAGUUGAAGAGGAAUCUCUCAAUUGCCUACAAUCGGGAACGCCAGGCCAAAAUCACGGGUGAGAUAUUGGAGAUUGUUGCAGGAGCUGAAGCCCUUGCGUAGUUUGAUUUGAGUCUGGUUCUUCGACCCCUUCCCUUCAUUGUUAUUCUCUUUUACUCUAUUGUUAUCCCUAUAUUUUUGUGGUUAUUUUCUAAUUCAUUCAGAUAUGCCUGUUUAAGAAGACUUAUUUAGAAUAGACAGCUUCUUAGUUUUAAUCCACGGCUGUGUGCAUGCUUCCCUUAUAAUGAGAAUCACAAUGUGGAUUUGGAUCAAAAGGAUGUUCCAUGUCAAACUGUGUUCUUAUAUUCAUAAUACUUGUAUCAUAUUGGAGUUCUUUGCUCCAUGGACUACUAAAGUUAUCUGUUAAUAUUUGGGUGGAAAUAAUAGUUCGGCAUUGUUCAAUCUCAA